AUGGGCUCGCUCAACCUCCGCCGACUACUGCGCUCGCGCGUAGCCAUCGGCAUAUUCCUCGUUCUCCCCCUCAUCCUCCUCCACAUAGGGAUGACCAGCACCCCCUCGCUCCCCUCCAUUCCCGCGGCGUGGAAGGAAGCGCUCCCGCGUCCAUGGUCCCAGCCCAUGGUAGAGUAUACAGACGACGCCGACGACAUUGCGCCUGGCGGUGCGGGACCAGCCGACCCAAUCUUGGAACCGAACUUGUCCCGGCCAAAGGCUGACAAGGAACCCCAGCCAAAGGGGACCAACCAUACGUACUUGUCCAACGGACAUCUCGUCCCCAACCCGGCAGGCCAGCACCCGAUUUUCGACCUCAUCAGACGCAGUGAGACAGAGUGGCAGCGUAAGCUCGACUCGCAGUCUAGGACACUUCGGGAGGCGGUGGACGAGUAUCGCCGCCGAUACCACCGUGCACCGCCCAAGGGCUUCGAUAAGUGGUGGCACUGGGCACAGGAAGCGGGCAUCCCACUCCCUGACGAGUACGACCAAAUCCACCUAGACCUCGAGCCAUAUGUGGCGAUCCCGCCGUCGGAGUUCCGCGACAACGUCGAGGCCGCGUCUAAGAUGGACGGCAUGUACACCAUCACGUGCGCUGCAAAGGGCGAUGUCGGCACAGUGUGCACUGAGAAGGUCCAGGGCGAGGGCCUAGACGCCGAAGCGCAUCUGGUGUUGUCUCAGCGGUCUGUUGCGCAGCUCGGAUUGAUCAAGCCGCUCGAGGGGAUGCUGCAGGAAAUCAAGGCCGUGUUUUGGAUGCACGACGCGCCGUGGCAGUUCGUGGGCCACGACUAUACACAACUCCUGGAAGAGUCGGCAGAGUCGGGCGAGUACAUCUCCAAGGAGGCGCUGGCGGACCUUGACAACGCCCACCUUGGUUGGGCAUCGGGAUGUGCGCCGCACAAGCCGCUGCGGCAGAACUGGGAUCCAAACAGCCUGGUGGACCUCGAGGCAUUGUGGCAGACUGGCCCGCACAGUUUCGUGUACGACCACAAGGCGACCAUGGACGUGUGCACGAACCCGAACCUCGUGCAGCUAAUGGGUGUUCUCAACUCGCAUGGAAAGGGUCCAAGCCCAUCCCACAUUAUGUACCCAACCAUGGUGAUGAGCAAGACGACACUACACUCUGACAUCCUGGGCGUGUCGGCCGAGGCGUGGACCGAAGACGUAGGCGACGACCCGGAAUGGGACGAUAAGAAGAAGGACCUUCUUCUUUGGCGUGGCAAGACGACCGGUAUCCUCUACACGGAGAGGUUCCAUUGGAAUGUGACUCAGCGCGUCAACCUCAUCUCGCACAUGGCGCGUAAGGAGGGCACUCUCCCUGUGUUACCCGUGUCCAAGCCUGGACAUCCGGUCGGCUCUCCUCAGAUGAAGGAAUAUGCCGCACUAAACGCCAAGCUGAUGGACGUGGGGUUUGUCGACGACCCGAUCCAGUGCGAGGGCGACGUGUGCAACACCCUUCGAGAGCAGUACCACUUUGCCGACCGCAAGGGCUGGAGCGAAGCCAACGAUUACAAGUACCUCCUGGACGUGGAUGGGAAUGGGUGGAGUGCGCGUUUCAAGCGCCUCAUGUCGACCAACUCGGUCGUUUUGAAGAGCACAAUCUUCCCCGAGUGGUACACGGACCGCAUCCAGCCGUGGCUCCAUUAUAUUCCCAUCAAGGCUGAUUUGACCGACCUGUACGACGUCAUGUCGUUCUUCCAGGAUGGGCAGGAUGGUCUCGCGGCCAAGAUUGCCAAGCAGGGCAAGGAGUGGAGCAAGACGUUCUGGAGGCAGGAGGAUAUGAUGUCGUACCAGUUCCGACUCUUCCUCGAGCUACCGCGCCUAGAGGCCGACGACCGCGACGCGGCAUCAUACCACGGCCGGGGCGACGAGGACGAGAACGAGAAGGAGCCUGCGCGAGAGAAGCAGACUGCGGUCGAGGCCGCGCCUGGCACCAAGGCGUCUGACAAGAAGAGCACGGUCGAGGACGCUCCUGGUGCAGACAAGAAGGAGCAGGCGGACACGCCUGGCGCCAGCCAGCCAGCGACCGCUGUCAAGGAUACGCCUGGUACAUAA